UGGCGUUUGUGAAUCAAAUGUCCAAAAACUGCUUCAGACGAAAAAUAAUACAAAAUUACAAAUAAAAGAGACAUUUCUAUCGAUAAUUUUCAAUUGGCGAUUAGUGUCGGUUGCUGGGACGUAUUUGUAUCGCGAAAAUAUUGUGGUGCUCGGUUCUGUCUUGCCAAAGGAAGUGCUUUUUGUGUCGGAACAACAGAUUGCCACUUGCGAAUAUCCCAGAAAGGUUUGACAUAACAGCCCGUGAAGAAACUUUUUUUGUUGGAAUUACUGCUUUAUUUUAGCCCAGAAAGAAGAGGAAAUAGGCACUGACCUUGAUAAUAGUGGUUUAUCGUACAUUUAGUUGGCAUAAAAAAAAACUUUCGUUCAAGUCAUUCCGCAAACGCAAACGCAGUCGAGUUUAAAAACAAAAAUGAUUAAACUUUUCUCGCUAAAACAACAGAAGAAAGAUGGAGAGGCAACCCCAAAAUCUGGACCCCAGAAAAAAGCUUUCACUGCCGCUCAGCUAAGGAUUACAAAAGAUAUUAAUGAGCUGAAUCUACCCAAGACUUGUGCCACAGAAUUUCCUGAUCCGGAUGAUCUGCUAAAUUUCAAGUUAAUCAUUUGUCCAGAUGAGGGCUUUUACAAGGGUGGUCGAUUUGUUUUCAACUUCAAGGUCGGCCCAAACUAUCCCCAUGAGCCGCCGAAGGUAAAGUGUGAAACACAGGUCUACCAUCCCAAUAUCGAUCUGGAAGGGAACGUGUGUCUCAAUAUUUUGCGUGAAGAUUGGAAGCCGGUGCUCACUAUCAAUUCAAUCGUCUACGGGCUGCAGUACUUGUUCUUGGAACCAAACCCGGAGGAUCCGCUAAAUCGAGAGGCCGCUGAGGUGCUACAGACCAACCGGCGUCUGUUCGAGCACAAUGUUUUUAAGGCAAUGCGUGGCAGCUACAUUGGCGAGACAUACUUCGAGCGUUGUCUCAAGUGAUAUAUAAAUUCUACACUCACUCUCAAAUGUUGCGUUUAUUUAAUUAUUCUUACGAUUGGUGGACGCUAUUAUAUAGACUUUAAGUAUAACUAAAUGGUCGAAACAGAGGAGGAAGGCGAACAUUUGCCAAGCGAUAGCGUUGAGCUAACUGAUAAGGUUAGAAGGAGAGGCAUGAAAAAACGAGUUUGUGAAAGACACAAAUAGAUGAUUUAGUAAAACUGUAAAUGAUUGGAAAAUGAGAGCAACCUGCAACGCAUAGUUUCACACCCAAUUAUAAAAAUUUCAGCAAUAUAUUUAUACUGAACAGAAAAAACCCAAACACAACGUUGAGUCAACUUAGUAAACGAAUCCCUGAAAACACACUUAGAACAAUAGCCAUGCAGGAGCUUUCAGAUUCGGAACAUCUGGCAUGAUAACUGCGUCUAAAGAAAACAAAAUUAUUCAGAUCGCUAGUAGUAGCUGCUGCUGCUGCUGCAGGUGCCGAUGAAAGAGUGAAACGAAUAAAUGUAACAAAUCAAUAUAAACAAUAGUCACACAAAACUUAAUUUCUCCACACUUAAAGCGCUCUAUAACUGUAUCACUUCUUGAUGACUCGCGUUAAAUAUACAUUUGAAAACACAAGAAAACACGAUGCAGAAACAAACAAAUAAAAAAAAUAUGAAUAAUUAUUGUACUGAAAACUAUAGCGACAAGAGAUAAGUCAAAAUUAAAUAUAAAAGUUUUACCCGACUAUGAAUGAAUGAAUGAAUAAAUCUGUUCCCACUUGUCUCAA